UCUACUUCUGUCAAUCGCGAUGUAUGGCGUAUUCGGGCAGCAUAUAUUUUAUACAUAUUUAGGCAGCUCACCAUCCUCAGCUGGGGCUUGGCAGCAGCAUAUGCUGUGAGUGCGCCAUCCGCCUCGCGCCAGGCAGGGCCUGCGUUCCUGGCGCUGUUGCCUCGUCAGCCGUCCAUCGCCACGGCACAUCGGAGUGGUCUGACCCGGGAGAUCCGGCGAAUACACAAGGGCGAGGUCGCCUCUCUCCUCAGGGCGGCGCGUGUGAGUCGAAUGUUGCUUCGCUUCACGAGUGGGUCCUCUCAUGCCUUGUGUGUCACCGUGUGUGUGUCAGGUGGACAAGGCUAAGGCGUUUGAGACCGUCGCGACUGUCGAGCGAGUGAGUGUGUGAACGACGCCAACCGGCACAUAAGACAGUCGCGUUGAUUGAGAUGAUUGACCUUUCUGUCUUCGCAGGUGGCGGUGCCCGAGUAUCUUGUUAAGAAGGAGGUGGCCAGAAUUGAGAAGGCCCUCGCGCCUCUGGUGGAGCUACGUGCCAAAGUGAUGGGCAUGGCGCGGACCGAGGGGUACAAAGACGGACAAACAUGGAAUCGAUGAUGAUUGUGCGGAAUGAAUGCCCUUUGAUUGACUGACUGAUGUGUGUGUGUGUGCAGGUUUGAUGCUGUUGAGGUGCAGAAGGCGUACAACCAGUUCACAGAUGCGAUGGAAAGGAACCGUUUCGAUCUGCUGAAAUGUGAGAAGUCGCUCACCAGACGGCACAUCCACUCAUUGACGGGGGUCACUGUGUGUGCACGUGUGUGUCGGUGUGUGUGUCGGGGUGUUAGACCUAGACAUGGUGUCCUGCGCCGCAGAAUACAGAGGCACACACACACGCACGCAACUGCAGACACACGUGCGCUUGUUAUCUCCCUGUGUACCUUUGUGGUUUUCCACACAGAGAACGAUAAUGUCAAGUUCGAUCCGGAGAUCAUCAUGCUGGCGGUGAGUCUCGUUCCUGGCGCACGACUCAAAGACGUCAUUGCAAAGGGCGAGUAGAUUCCUGCCGCCACCGCUCACCACACACCGACAGUAAGCGCAGAACGACAGACAGACAGACAGACAGACAGAGAGUGUGUGCGAUGGAGGUGUGUAUGUCAGUGUGCGAGCGGGUGUCGGUCGGUCCGUCAUGUGUAUGUGGACAUAUUGUAUGUAACAUAUAUCGUGCACUGCACCUGCCUGCCCGCCAAAGGAACCAUGCAUUAGUAUGUAAUGUGCGGCCCGCACACUGCUCGACUUGAGAAUUUUCUGUAUGGAUCGAUGUUUCUCCAAGUUCUUACCACCCCAUCAGACCGAC